AUGAAGGAGGGCGCCGAGGAGCUGAAAUCCAUCCACACCUGCACGGACUGCCCCUGGUGCCUUCUCUUUCUCGGCAGCUUGGGCGGUCUCGGGGUCCUCUACGGCUACGGAGUCACGCACGGCGAGCUCGGAAAGCUCUACCACGGCAUCGACUACCAGGGCCGCAUCUGUGGCCUGGAGGGCCCCGAAGGUGUGCCCGGAAAGCCCUACUUGUUCUGGUGCAUGAACUCAGCCAUGACCGCCGCCGAUGUCUCUUUAAACCUGAAAGACCCGGUCUGCGUCUCCAGCUGCCCCGGCGUCCCAAGCGCCCUAGGCGGGAGCCUUUAUGCCCCCGUCCCCGAAUGCAAGCUGGUCAGCGCAUCGCAACAGAUCAACUCGUACAAGACCAUGAUCAUCAUGAAUCGAUACUGCUUUCCGGACAGGGUGCAGUCGGUGGAGGGCUGGGCAGGGUGA